AUGACUCAAGAAUUUCAACCAAUCGCAUGUCUGUGCAGACGGAUAGAGUUUCCGCUGCGAUUGGACAUUUUCUAGCUGCUAGCUCACUCUGCAACCCGUUGAUCAUAGCUCCAAAAUCCAAGAUGGAUGACUUGGAAGUAGAAGUAUGCGGCGAGAUUGGUGCCUAUUAUAAGGCUUACGUCACUGAUGUUUUUGAGAAAGAGGUGUCAGUUGUGUUUGAGAAUGAGUAAGUCCAUAUUUCACUUUUCUUCCUUUUAUAAUAUCAAUCAAUCAUAGUAAUGUAUACUACAGACUAGAAUACAAACCAAAUUGUUUGUUCUUCACGUGUAAAGUUUUUUGUGACAUUAAUUUCCACAAAUGACAAAAAAAAAUCCAUAUUAAUUUUACUAGGCUAUAUUAAUAUUUCAUUAGAUGCAGUGGUU